CCCGCCCGCUCCGCCACUGAGCCCGCAGCAGCGGCGGCGGCGGCGGGCGCAGGCUCCGGGGGCGCCCGGGGCCCCGCGGCGGCCGCUGCCCUGAGGCCGCGGGGGAUGGCGGAGGGGCCCCGGGGCGCCCCGCCGCCGGGCUCGCCCCGCCCCGCCGCCCCGCUGCCCAACGGGCCCCGCGGUGGUGGCGGCGGCGGCGGCGGCAGUGGCAGCCCCGGCUCGGGCUCGGGCAGCAGCAGCCGCGAGGACUCGGCGGAGCGGAGCCCCGCGCCCGCCGCGCCCCGGGCCAGCAUCAUGAAGGAUGGCUCCCGGCAGCGGCCGCCGCAGAAAAAGAAGACGGUGUCCUUCAGCACCAUGCCCAACGACCGCAAGAUCAACAGCACGGCCGCCUGCAUCUCCUUCAUGCUGGAGGGCUGUGAGCUGAAGAAGGUGCGCUCCAACUCCCGUAUGUACAGCCGCUUCUUCGUGCUGGAUGCCGACAUGCGGUCUGUGCGCUGGGAGCCCUCCAAGAAGGACUCGGAGAAAGCCAAGAUUGAGAUCAAGUCGGUCAAAGAGGUGCGCGUGGGCAAGAAGACGCCGGUCCUGCGCAGCAAUGGCCUCUCCGACCAGUUCCCGGACGAGUGCGCCUUCUCCAUCAUCUAUGGAGACAACUACGAGUCCUUGGACCUGGUGGCCAGCUCGGCUGAUGUGGUGAGCGCCUGGGUGAUGGGUCUCCGGUACCUGGUGUCCUACGGGAAGCAUACCCCCGAGGCACCCGGGACCGGCCACCCCAGCCUCCGGACCUCCUGGAUCUCCUCCGUCUUUGACCUUGCUGACCUGGAGAAGUCUGGCCGCAUCCCCGUGUCCCGGGCUGUGCAGCUGAUCAAAGCGCUCAACCCAGGCAUGAAGACCUCCACCAUCGAGCUGAAGUUCAAGGAGCUGCAGAAGGCCAGCGAGCGUCCCGGUGCGGAGGUGGCCUGCGACCUCUUCGUGGAGGCGUACUGCGAGCUCUGCACCCGCCCUGAGAUCUUCUUCCUGCUCGUGCAGUUCUCCAGCAACAAGGAGUACCUGGGUCUGAAGGACCUGCUGAUGUUCCUGGAGGUGGAACAGGGCAUGGAGGGGGUGACGGAGGAGAAGUGCUUGGAGAUCGUCGGCAAGUAUGAGCCCUCCAAGGAGGGCCGGGAAAAGGGCUACCUGGCCAUUGACGGCUUCACGCGCUACCUGCUCUCCGCCGACUGCUCCAUCUUCGACCCGCAGCACCGCAAAGUGUGCCAGGACAUGGCGCAGCCCCUCUCCCACUACUACAUCAGCUCUGCCCACAGCGCCUGCUUGCUGGAGGACAACUUCUGGGGCCGCUCGGACAUCAGCGGCUACAUCAGUGCCCUGGGCCUGGGCUGCCGCAGCAUUGAGCUGGUGCUGUGGGACGGCCCCGAGGGCGAGCCCGUGGUCUACACCAGCCCUUCGGCUGCCUCCUGCGUGCCCUUCCGUGCCGUGGUGGGGCUGAUCGACCAGCACGCCUUCGCCGCCUCCGCCUACCCCCUCAUCCUCUGCCUGGUGGUGCGCUGCUCGGCCCCCCAGCAGCGUCUCGCCGCCCAGUGCUUGCGCAAGAUGCUGGGGGAGAAGCUGUACCUGGAGCCCCCCAACCCCACUGCGUCCUACCUGCCCUCCCCAGAGCAGCUCAAGGGCCGCAUCCUCAUCAAGGGCAAGAAGCUGCCGCCCGGCUGUGAGGACAGCGAGGGGGAGGUGUCGGACGAGGAGGAAGGCUGGGAGCUGGCACGGCGGCUGGGCCAGGAGGACCAGGAGGUGCCGGAGGGAGGUGGCCCGCGGCGGGUGCGCCUGAGCCGGGAGCUCUCGGAGCUGGUGAGCCUCUGCCAGGCCGUCCCCUUCCAGGACUUUGAGAGCUCGCGGCGUGGGCAGCGCUACUGGGAGAUGUGCUCCUUCAGCGAGGUGGAGGCGGGACGCUUCGCCAACGAGUGCCCGGCUGAGUUGGUGAGCUACAACAAGCGGUUCCUCUCCCGCGUCUACCCCAGCCCCAUGCGCAUCGACGCCAGCAACAUGAACCCCCAGGACUUCUGGAAGUGCGGCUGCCAGAUGGUGGCCAUGAACUACCAGACACCGGGGCUCAUGAUGGACCUGAACGCGGGCUGGUUCCGGCAGAACGGGGCCUGCGGCUAUGUCCUCCGCCCGGCCAUCAUGCGGGAGGAGGUCUCCUACUUCAGUGCCAACGCCAAGGACUCCUUGCCCGGGGUGCCCGCCCAGCUCCUGCACCUCAAGGUCAUCAGUGGGCAGAACCUGCCCAAGCCCAAGGGCUCAGGGGCCAAGGGGGAGGUGGUGGAGCCCUACGUCUGCGCCGAGAUCCACGGCAUCCCCGCCGACUGCGCCGAGCACCGCACCAAGACGGCCCUGCAGAGCGGGGACAACCCUGUCUUCGACGAGAGCCUGGAGUUCCAGAUCAACCUGCCAGAGCUGGCCGUCCUGCGCUUCGUCGUGCUGGACGACGACUACAUCGGGGACGAGUUCAUUGCCCAGUACACCAUCCCCUUCGAGUGCCUGCAGCCUGGCUACCGCCAUGUCCCCCUCCAGUCCCUGGCUGGGGAGCCCCUGCCCCACGCCACCCUCUUUGUGCACGUGGCCAUCACCGACCGCCGUGGCGGGGGUAAGGGGCACCGCCGGGGGCUGGCGGGGCGCCGGGGCCGCCGGGUGCGAGAGUACACCUCCACCAAGACCACCGGCAUCAAGGCCAUCGAUGAGGUCUUCCGGACAGCCACCCAGCCGCUGCGGGAGGCCACUGACCUGCGGGAGAACGUGCAGAACGCGCUGGUCUCCUUCAAGGAGCUGUGUGGGCUGACGCCCGCCGCCAACAUGAAGCAGUGCAUCCUGACGGUGGCCGCGUGGCUGCUGCACAGUGACAGCACCCCCAGCGUCACCCUCAACCUGGCAGAGCAGUACCCCCCUAUGGAGGCUCAGGGCCCCAUCCCGGACCUGCUGCGCAAGGUCCUCACCGCCUACGAGACGAUGAUCCAGACCAGCCGGACGCUGAUUGAGUCCGCCGACGCGGUGUACGGCAAGCUCAUCCAGGCGCAGCAGGCAGGCAUGGACUUCCACAAGGAGCUGCACCGCAUCGAGACCAAGGAGGGGCUGCGGGGCCGCAAGCUGCAGAAGGCGCUGGAGAGCUUCGCCUGGAACAUCACUGUCCUGAAGGGCCAGGCUGACCUCCUCAAACACGCCAAGGCGGAGGCUCUGGACAACCUGUGGCAGAUCCACAACGCGGGGCAGUCCUGCGGCAUUGGCAGGAACGGCUCGGCCUCGCCAGAACCCUCCCGGCUGCGCGCCCCGCUGGAGCCCAUCCCCGAGACGGAAGGAGGUGGCGACACGGCGUCCUGCUGACCCCGGCCUGGGGCUCGGGGGCCCGGACUGAGCACCCCCUGGCCCCAGAGCCAGGACCAGGGAGCCCCAGCCUGCCCACGGACGGGCAGCUGCCUGCCUGCCUGCAGGCUCAGUGCGUGUGGAGGGACGCGCGCGGGGCUGGGUGCCUGUGCUGUUGUGCUGAGGGGCUGCUGUGGGGCCCGGCGGGGAGGGGUAUCCCUGCUCCCACCAGCACCCUCAAGCUCCCGGGGCCUCAUCCAUGCCCUCCAUCCGCUUCUGGAGCAAGCGCCCUGCUGCAGGGCCGGCGGGGAUGCUGGCACCCUGGUACCUGUGUGCAUGUACCCCCAGCCUGCUGUGCCCAACCCUCCUUGUAAAAGCAGCCUCAGGUCUGGGCUCCUGCCCCCAUCCAGGGCCGCAGGUUUUACCUUCGCUGGCCCCGGGGAAAAUCUGCCUGGUGGGAAGGGUCCUGGCUGGUCCCUGUCCCCUCUCCGCAGGGCAGCGGGUCCCUUCCCCUCCCUGGCAUCCCCAGGCCCCCCGCUGUGCAGAGGGGCCGGGAGGCUCUGGGGUGCAGCGGGCAGGGGGCUGGGGGGCCGCUCAGACCAGCCUGGGCAGCUGAUGUGGCUUCUGGCAUCAGGGAAACGUGGGGGCUCGGCUCCCAGGGCGAGGGGGCGCGGGCCAUGGGUGAGAGGCGGUCUGGGGUUGGACCGGGGCCGUGGAGCGUUAUAAAGAGUGUGAGACCCACCCUGGUGCCCUGCUGCUCCCUCCGCACGCCCGGCGCGGGGCCAAGGCGGGAUGGGGUCACCGAAGGGGAUAGAGAGUGGCACUGGGGACAGGGACCCUGGCGGCACCAUCCCUCCCCUGGCACCAGCUGAGCACAGGGUGACGGCUCCCCACGUCACGGAGCCGUUCGGCUGCCUGACGCCCCUUUGUUCCGGGAGGUAAUUAGCCUAAUGGGGCCUCCAGCACUGGACCCGCGUCGGGAGCAGUCCGGCGCCUCCACAACGCUGAGACCUUCGGCCCCUUUGUGCCGGCCCGGCCGCGGGGCCCGCGGGCAAUUACGUCCUCAUUAGUGCCACGCACUCCGGCCACGUCCAGCCCGCCAGCACCCACACAAUGAGGAGCUGCAAAUGAGGGGAAAGGCCUGGCCGGUCUCCGAGCUACCGGCCACAGCGUGCCCGCGUCUCCCAGAGACCGGCCGCUCCCGCCUGGCCUCGACGGUAUUUUUGGCAGCUCUAUUGUGCUGGGCCCUAUAAAGCAGCGGCUGCGGUGGGCAGCCCAGGGUGCUGUGCUCUCGGCUGCCCGGCAGGACAUGCCCCAGCACCGCUCAGCUGCCUGAAGACCCCGGGAAGGAUGGAGGUGCCCAACGCCAAGGUGGGGCUGGGUUGCUGUAGCCCGCAGGGCCAGGAGGGCAGCAGUGGGGGGGAGGUUGGGAUGUGGGUUCAGGGGCUUGGGGGUACAGGAGGGCCUGAAUUGGUUCCUUGGGAGGCACCGAGUGCACAGCAACUCCCCAGGGCUCCCCGACCCCGGCCAGGAGCCGGUCGGGGGGCUCAGCCCCACAUGGGCUCCUCAGAAGGGAGCUGGGCACGUGGUGUCUGCGGCGUUGAGCGUGGGUGCUCUCACUGCUCGUCCCGUGGCGCUCGGUGACAAGGGGAGGGUGUUGGCCGUGGCUGCCCUUUGCCGGAGCAUGGCAGGCAUGCCGGUGAGGGCACCUGCAUCUGGCUGCUGGUCAGAGCGUGUGUGGGGGCGAUGGUCUCUGGGUCUUGGGGGGGUGCAGGGAGCAGCACUCCUGGCUCCCCCGGGGGUGCAGUGCUGGCCGUGCCCCAGGGUGCUGAAGGGUGACGCUCCGGGUGCACACCGGGUGUGGGUCUGUGCCCCCGUGGCAGCAGGGAUGAGAAGGCAGCGCUGCAGCAACUGGGGUGGACAGGAGAUGAGACGGUGGUGUUGCACGGCAGCAGGACUGGGGGGGCAGCCCUGGGGCUGUGCAGCCCCCCCCCCCCUCCAGCCCUGCCGGCUGCCCUGCACUAACGCUGCCUGUUGCUCCGGCAGCUCCAGCGAGCUGCCUGCCUCUUGCUCCUGCUCCUGCUCUGCUCCCUGACCGCUGCCCGGCAGAACCUGCCCGAGUGCUGCCGGCAGAAGACCUGUUCCUGCCGCAUCUAUGACCUCCUGCACGGCAUGGGCAACCACGCCGCCGGCAUCCUUACGCUGGGCAAGAGGAAAAGUGUCCUGCCGGCCUUCCAGAGUCGGCUCUACCGCCUGCUGCACAGCUCCGGCAACCAUGCCGCUGGCAUCCUCACCAUGGGCAAGCGCGGGGAGCACCCUGGCACCACCUGCCAUGACACAUCGGGUUUCCCCGCGGGUACGGACACCCAGCCGAUGCCAGCCCUGCGGGGCACUGAUGCCAGCCCCGCUAGCCCCAGGGAGUGCCAGGGACACUCGGGGAAGGACCUGACCAAGAGCCAGGUCCAGGGAGCUGCAAAGAGCUUUUACUGAGAGGGGUGGGGGCAGCGGGAGCAGGGAGGGAAUCCCUGGGGGGGUCGGACCCCGGGGACGCAUGCCCGGAGCUCAGUGUAAAUAGCACUUUUACAUACCUCCUCCUGGCCCUGGCCAAGCCUGCUCAGGGCACCGCAGGCACCGCUGGCCUUUUACAAUAAAUGGUAGCCUGAUG